AUGGACAGCCCUUCCCAUUUCUUCAAUGAUUGCCUAGGCCUUAGCGACGGGGAUUCGUAUCCAGGCACUUUCGACAACGACAGGGCAGCUGCGUACGACCAGCACCGCGUGAAGCUAUACAACGACAAGCUACUAAUCGGCGACUCGCCCUUAUCGAGGACACCCAAGUCCCAGGUGCCCAGAUCCAGUAUGUGGGGUCGGAUACACACGACCGAUAUGGAAGGAGCAGUUCCUGAUACCCAACCACUGUACAUCGACCCAAGCCUAUACUCUGCCAACGACAGCAUCACGGCACUUCCCCUGCAAGCAGAAGAGUCUUCAGCGACACCGGAAUCGCAGCCAUCGAUGCGCCGCCCGUCGAGUACCAAUUCGGAUUUCCGCCGGGCUUCCAAGUCCGGCAGCUCAUUGACCGACCUCACACCACCCGACAACCCUCCACCUAAGAAACGGAAGCCCAGGAAAACGAAAAGGGCAGCAAACAUGCCUAAGGACGAGGAGAAAAGGGUCAAAUUCCUGGAGCGGAACCGCAUAGCGGCAAGCAAGUGCCGAGAGAAGAAGAAGCAGUUCGUGUCCGAACUAGAAGACACCAAGAUCGACCUCGAGGCCCAACAUGCCCAGCUGCAGCUGGAAUAUAACAGCCUGUUGAGCGAGGUGAGCGGGUUGAAACAUCGCUUGAUGGCCCACGCGAAGUGCAACGACCCAAAUAUCGACAGCUGGCUGUCGAAUGAGGCCAGGAGAUUUGUCCAGACCACCACGGAUCUCUUUGGUCCUUACCAGGGCCCGUCUUCCCAUUCCUCUCACACGCGGAACCACAGCACCGCCUCCAGCCGGCAAAGCGUCAGCUUCAACCCGCUCGACACCGGGGAUAGGCGCGACAGCAUUGCAUACUCCCAAGCAUCCCCCACCGACAUGGUUUUCCCACCGAUCGGUUCGCCAAAGUUGAAGACCGAAAUGAGCAUGAACUAUGAUCACAUGCCCGACAACCUGUUCAACUCUGAACAGUAG